GCUAACGUUAGCUUCAGCUAGAGUAAACCUUUAAUACACGCAUCAAACACGACGUAUCAAGACGGUGUUAGCUACAUGUCGCUCUGAGCGAUUUACACUUUUAAACUGAUUAUUACAGGGAAGUUGGUCGCUUGACGUUAGCGAGGCUAGCUAGCAGGUGUUGAGCCUUGUGCCGGCAAUGGGGGACAUGAAGACCCCAGAUUUUGAUGAUCUGCUGGCAGCUUUUGAUAUUCCUGACAUUGAUGCCAAAGAGGCCAUCCAGUCAAGUCCAGAGGAGCAGCAGGAUGAAAUGGGGACCAACGAUGAGGCUGGGUCUCCGUCAUGCUUCCCCUGCUCUCCUGCCUCAGACUCAGACCGCCCUUUGGUCAGCGUCAUUGUGAAGAACACAGUCCGGUCCGAGUCUGUUGAAGAGGAGGAGAAGUCUGAGGAUGAUAAAACAGACAAUCUUUCAAGCUGUGACUCAGCCCCCCAGGUUCAGGUCAACUUCAACUCUAGUCCCAAACUGACAGCCGACGCUGCCAUGGAGCCACAGAUGGCCAACGGCUUUGAGGGAUCUGUCUCCCGGGAUCAGGGAGCGUGGUCCCUGCGUCCCCCCACACUGAAUGAUAUAGAGGGAGACAGGGAUAAAGGAGCGGAGGACGUACUGACCCAUCAUACCACUGAUGUCAUGAACAGUUUGAAGCCCCUGCUCUUUCCCCAGUCUCUGAGCAGUGCCGGUGCCUCCUCAUCGACUCCACACUCCAUCAGCCCUAAACAAUCUCCACACUCUCCUCAGAGAGAAGAAGCUUGUCUCUUCAGUAACUCAUCAUCCUCCCCUUUAACACAAAACGGGAGUAUUAAAGCGGGACUUAAGGAUGUUAUGCACUCAGAUGAUUAUGAGUCAGAACCAGACUUGGGAAGUCCGCUGGUUAUCCAAGAGAGCCCAGAGUCUCUUAUCUCCUCCCCUCCCAAAUUUAAACUGAGGUCUGAGUUACUCGGGACUCCUGCAAUAACGUCUCGUGACAUUUCCAAGCCUCCUCAUCUCUCUGCAAAACCUAAACAGCUUCAUGAGGAUAAGGGGUGCCCUACUACCCCCAGGUUUCCCACUGCAGCUCCUCUGCUGCAGAGCCCUAAGGACUCCCUCUCGUCUGUCAUCACAGGCUCUGCAUCAGUUCAAGAAGAAAAAUACCCAGAGCAUGUGAUUGAUGAGAGGGACUCACCUGAGAGCCCACCGCCAAGCGAGACAGGUCUUAUGGUCCCGAAAAGUAGCAGCAGCCCUGAUUUGCCCAAAACACCAGGUCUAGUGGUGAACCACACAGACGCUCAUCAUAGAGAGGAACUUAUGGAUAGUGAGCCGAGCAGUGAGGACAUGCCAGGUCGCACUGAGGAGCUGAUUGAAAAGAUGGCUGGAGAUGGAGAAAAGUUAAAUGAGGAGAACAGCGGGGCUUGCACAUCAUCUGAGGAUACUGUGUCUGCUUGUGCUGCAGAGACUGAGUCAUCCCCACUGCGUCCGCUCAAAGUUAAAAUCAAAAUGCGUACAGGAAGCAUCACAAGAACUGUGACUGGGGUGCCACCCAUGAGAAGAGUCACUUCCAGGGCGGUGGGCGUUUCAAAACCUUCACCAGAACGUCUUAACACAAAAACCAAGAGGGAGCUACCACAGCGAUCUAAACCACCUGCAGUAGCAAUGCCUCAGGAUGCGUGUGCUGCAACACCUCCUGGUGCCAGUACGGGUAAACAGAAAUCUGCAGUGGACACCAAACCUAAAGCUUCCCCCACAGCUGUCAGCAUCACUAAAACUGCUGCCCUGCCCUCCGUCUCCUCCCCGAGAGUCGCCGCAGGUGGGAUCAACCUGCGCAAUCUGGGCCAGAAGACUCUCAACAGUGGAAUGAUUCUCACCACACCUUCACCUCUGACCUCUCAAAGUGGCAGCAGACCAGCAUCCAUAGUCAACAACACUGGGGCGAUUAUAUCCAAGAGUCAGACCAACCUGGUUGAAGCAUUCAACAAAAUCCUCAACAACAAGAACCUGCUGCCCAGUUAUAAACCAGACCUGAGCUUGCCUCUUCCAGCAGAGUGGGGCAUUCCUCUUCCCGCGCAGGGAUAUCGUUGUUUGGAGUGUGGCGAUGCCUUUGCCCUGGAGCAGAGUUUGGCCCGACACUAUGACCGGCGCUCACUGAGGAUUGAAGUGACUUGCAAUCACUGUGCCAAGCGCUUGGCCUUCUUCAACAAGUGUAGUUUGCUUUUACACGCGAGAGAGCACAAGGAGAGAGGCCUGAUCAUGCAGUGUUCACACCUGGUCAUGAAAACUGUAACUUUGGAGCAGAUGAUUGGUCAGCAGGAACCCACGGCAAUAGGUGGGCUCUCUCCGUCUCUCCUGUCGUCCACUUCAGCACAGUCAUCAUCCUCUUCAGGCGUUGUCCUAGCAAAUACAACCUUACAGAAAGCAGUAACUAACAAAAAAGCAGAGGAGGUGCAGCACACGAGCAAUAAAUGUCCAGAGUGUCUGACUCAGUUUAGCAGCAAAGAAGAGGUGGCUGAGCACUUCCAAGAAAUCAAACCAGGACACACUACCCCAUGCUCUGAGUGUUCUCCUCCCAUGUUGCUGCCCAACAGCUGCAGCGCAGCAGCCCAUCAACGCAUCCACCAAGGCUGCUCACCACAUGUAUGCCCAGAAUGCGGGGGCACGGCCAAGCAGCCGCGAUUUCAAACACAUCUGGAUGAGACCUGUUUGCAUUUUGCCCGGCGUAUUGGAUACAGAUGUUCCAGUUGCCAGGUGGUGUUUGGGGGGCUGAACUCAGUGAAGUCUCACAUCCAACAGGCUCAUUGCGACAUGUUCCAUAAAUGCCCCAGUUGUCCCAUGGCUUUCAAAUCUGCCCCCAGCAUCCAGAACCACAUCACUGCCCAACAUCCAACACUCACGGAAGGACCGGCAAUAUUGAUAUAUAAAUGCGUCAUGUGUGACACUGUCUUUACCCACAAACCCCUGCUCUACGUCCACUUUGACAUGCAUUUAAUCAAUCAGAAGGUGCAUGUGUUCAAAUGCCCUGAGUGCACCAAGCUAUUUUCUCAAAGGAAUUCCCUACUGGACCAUUUCAAGACCCACAUUAAGACUCCCACGUUAAAACAAAAGCAGCCUUUACCUCCAGCUGCUUCCUCUCGUUCACAACCUGCGGUGAAAUUAGAAAGCUCAGAUGCAGAGGAAUGGAAGGAUGAAGAUAAAGAAGAGAAGGUGAAGACAAAGAGGAUGAAGACCCCUUCAGGGUGGAAGUGUUUUCCUUGCCAUGCACACUACACUGACCGGGAUGACUACAUUAUCCAUAUGGCUGAACAACAUGGCAAGAAACUUAAGAAGUUCCCCUGUAACAAAUGCGAGAGUUCCUUCACCACAACUUCCAGCCUGAGACGUCACAUCCGAGACAAACACAAAGUCAUGAAUCGAGGUUUCCGCUGCCAGUUCUGUACUGAGGGUAAGAAAACGUUCAGCACUCGAGCUUUGCUGGAGAGGCACGUUCAGCUGAGACACAAGGACACUGUGAGCCAGGACACUCUGGUGGGAGGCGGUGAUGGGGCCGACAGCUCCUCAGAACAGGAGAGUAACUUGGGGGCUCGGCGUAGACGGAGAGGAGCUGUGAAGACGGAGCACAAUGAGGAGUCCACAGAUGGGAUGACUCCUGUGAAGAAGUUGCGUUCCACCUCCUCUGCACCUACUACACACUCGCUUCCUGACUCUGAAUUCCGCUGUGCCCCGUGCGGCUUCGCCACAGAUGACCAGACUUCAUUCUUGGAGCACAUCAGCCAGCACAAGAGAGCAGGGACAGAGGGAGGUGCUCUGCAGUGUCUACAGUGUGGCGCCUGCUUCACAUCCACCUCCUCCUUAUCACGCCAUCGCUUCAUCAUCCACAAAAUGAAAGAUUCAAACACUGACAACCAGCAAGCCCUCGGCCUGCACCCAGCACCUUCCCCUGGUAACAGCAGGAACCAUGAUGAUAAGAGUUCUAUGGAUUGCUCUGCACCACCGUCACCCUCCUCUCAGCCCUCUGGAGCUCAGAGGAAAGAAGAAGAGGACUCAAUGGCCUGUAAGGUGUGUGGUAAACAUUUUGAAAAGGUAUCUGAUCUGAAUACACACUUCAGAACUCAUGGUAUGGCUUUUAUCAACGCAAGGAACGCAGGAAAAACUACCUAAGAUGGUAGAUACGAGGGGAAGAUCAGCAUCGGUAGGUGAUACAUUUCCAAAAUUCCUUUAAUAAGUGUCGGUGAGUACACCCAUGCACUAAUGUAACCAAAGAUUUAACAGGAGUGUUUAUGUGAACAGAUUGUAAAACAAUCACGUCUUGAGUCUCACUGGUCGAGCGUCUGGCCUCAACCUUCUGACAUUCAGGAUCUAAUGCUGCAUCUCUAUGUUCAGGAAUGAUACUAAUGAGAUCAGAGCUACUUCCCAGUCAGUGGACAGUUAGUCUGACUAGUUCACUGCUCUGACCAUAUUCACAGGUUGAAAGUAGAGAGCUGUGAAUGUCCAAACCGAAUCCUGCUGUGAUGAUGUCUGUGGCUUUAGAGAAUGUUGAUGGACAUCAAUGUACUGUGUCCGUUCCUGAUUUUGAAUAUGUUCAUCCUACUGAGGAGGAAGAAUGUCGAAUGCCAACCCAGGUGUUUUUCUGUCAAGUUGUUGUUUUAAUAUAGUUUUUGGUGAAUAAUUGUGUGGGAUCUCAGUUUCUAUCAAGUGUGUAUACGUUAUUGGCGGCCAUUUUCUACAGCGUACAAUAGCUGUGCCCCAAUUCAGUGGCCACACAGUCCACAAAAGGGGCGGCCUUCGAGGGAUGUGCAGACGGCUUCAUGAUCAGAGCGCAAUGAAUCCUGGGAUAGCUUGGCCCGAGAAUGAUCCACCCAUUGGAACUUUAGUUGCUCUGGAAUGGAGGGACACGUGUAAAUGAGCUUCUGAAAUGGGACAGUCUUGUCGUGCCACUGUGACGCAAUCGGUCUUCAAAUGCAUCGUCUGAAUUGAGACACAGCUAAUUGUUCCUUAUAUUCCCAACUUUAAAGGCAGCCAUUGGCUUCCAUGUGUUUUAUUGUUUGAGAUAUGUGAGACAGGCAAUCAAGUUGGGAGAAUUUUGUACUCUCGAGAAUGUAAUUUAAGAUACAACUUAAUUAGUCCCACUCAGACUUCGGAGACUUUUACUUUUGAAAACAGAUUUGCUCCAUCACUGUCGUCACUGUCUGUAGAGGCCAUUAGAUGUACAGUAUGUCUGUAUGGUUAAUAAUAGACUCAUACCUGUUGCUAAUAAAUGUUGACUGUCAAGUGCUGAGUAGGGGUUCAAAUCCCUGCACAUUUUAUAUGCAUAUUGUACUGAGGUGAAGGUGGACCAAUAACUUUCUGCAAGAAA